AUGGCGGAUCCUACAUCAGAAAAACUUACAGAGUCUUCAGCUGCUUCAGCGAUGUCUCUAAAUAGAUCGAUCAAGAGAAAGCACAAGUCAAACAACCGAGAAUGCCCUCCAGUACGAGAUAUCACGGGUUGGAGGUGGGCUUUGGUGGUUGCCGCAAUACUCUCCUCCACUUUUCUCUUCGCUCUCGAUAACACCAUUGUGGCAGAUGUCCAAGCUGACAUCGUCGUUACCUUCAAUGAUGUUAGUAAACUUUCGUGGCUUAGUGUAGGCUUCCUUAUUGGCGCAGCUAGUACGAAUUUGGUAUGGGGAAAGAUCUAUGGUCAGUUUAAUGCGAAAUGGACAUAUAUCAUUUCGAUUGUUAUCUUCGAGGCUGGCUCUGCAUUGUGCGGUGGUGCUCCCAAUAUGCCUGCUCUAAUUGUUGGACGGGCACUUUGUGGAUUCGGUGGUAGUGGUACGUAUGUGGGUGUUAUGACACUACUUGCUGCUUCUACAACUAUCCAUGAGAGACCGCUUUAUAUUGGAGGUACUGGGAUGACUUGGGGUUUAGGUACUGUAAUUGGUCCGAUUAUUGGAGGUGCAUUCACAGAUUCCUCUGCAGGAUGGCGUUGGGCUUUUUACAUCAAUCUUUGUAUUGGCGCAGCUUGCGCUCCAGUCUACCUGUUUCUCCUUCCAAACUAUGAUCCCCGCCCAGGUGUUCCACUCCUCCACCGCGCAAAAGAGGUUGAUUACCUCGGUGGCAUAAUUAUCAUUGGAGCCUUUGUCUCUGGUGUCAUGGCCGUCUCAUUCGGCGGUGUAACUUAUCCCUGGAACUCUGGGAAAAUCAUCGGGUUGUUCGUCUGCUCAGGUAUCUUGUUUAUCAUCUUCGGCAUCCAGCAAGUCUUUACUAUCUUCACCACGACCAGCCGCAGAAUCUUCCCUAUCGAAUUUUUGCAGAGUAGAACAAUGCUCAUUCUUUUCGCCGUGACAUCUGCUGGAGGAACCGCCAUCUUCAUCCCUAUUUAUAUGAUUCCAAUCUUCUUCCAAUUCACCCGUAACGACUCGGCUCUCGAAGCAGGCGUGCGUCUUCUGCCUUUCAUCUUCCUGAUGAUCUUCGCCGUCAUAUCCAACGGUGCGAUCCUUUCCGCAUACGGUUACUACAUGCCAUGGUACACUGCAGGUGGAGUUCUCGUCCUCAUCGGCGGAUCCCUCAUGUUCGCCGACGUCACCCCGAUACCUCUAUUGCCAAAAUCUAUGGCUUCACCAUCCUUAUCGGCCGUUGUUGCCGAGGAACUAGUUUCUUCCGCCGUCGGCUUCAUCACCUGUGCUCAAGUAGGUGGUGUAACUAUCGCUCUCGCAAUUGCCAAUUCCGUCUUCCUAAAUGGAAGUCAGGAGAAAAUUCAAGCUAUCCUGCCUGAUUUACCGGCUGCGGAAAUUCAGCAGCAGAAAGAAGUCAUUCAGGCGAUUGUGGAGAGUAUGAGUAAGACUUAUGCUAUGGUUAUCACGGCGGGGGCGUUGACUGUGGUGUUGAGUUUGUUGAUGAAGAGGGAGAAGCUUUUCAUGAGCGCAGCUAUGGGUGGUGCUUAG